UGAGCGUCGCGGCGCCGGAUAUGGGGCUGGAUGCCGGUGGGACCUUGAAUAAAUCCAUGGUCACCUUCGAGAACGACCUCGACGUUUCUCCAGUGACCUUAUCUUCCGAUUGGUCCAGAGUGGCACGUCUUCUCCUAUUGGCAUCCCUGGCGGUCGUCGGAAGCGUCGGGAACGUCUUCAUGAUCUCGGCGGUGAUGGUGGAGGACCAUUUGAAGAAACGAGGAAACGCAUUUCUGGUGAACGUGGCGUUGGCUGAUCUGCUGGUUUCCGGAAUGGUGAUUCCAGCUUCGGCCAUCGUGAUUCUGGCUGGACAUAAGGAGUCCCUCAGCACGUGUCGUUUCGAGUGGACCCUCGAGGCACUCUGCUUCCUGGUGACAGUCCUGACCCUGGCGACUAUAGCUGCAGAAAAUUAUGCGCGGCUGUGUCUGCCCGCCGAGAGAUACGCGGCGCUGACACCCAGUCGGGUGACAACGGUGAUCCUGGCCGCGUGGUUGAUAGCAGCAAUGUCGGUGGCCCUCCAAUCGUCCUUAGAAUUGGGUCCUGAUUUUUGUGGACGUCGUUUCAACGGAAUCGCCGCCGAACAGGUGGCAGGUGCGAUGGUGUUGGUGGGCCUGCCCACGCUGGCGACGAUCUUCCUCUACUUCCGGCUGGUGAUCCGGGUGCGCAGGUUGACCAGGGGUUCCUUCAAGCCGCCCGUAGCCUUCUCCUGGGACUACGAACUGACCAAGACCAACAUGUACAGCUUCGUCCUCUUCGUGGUCUUCUGGCUCCCCUUCGGCGUCGCCCUCUGCAUCAGCCACCUGCGACCCAUCAGCGCCAGGGUCUUCUACAACCUGGCCUGGUUCGCGUUGUCCAAAUCCUGUGUCAACAACCUCCUGUACUGCGUGGUCGACCGACACUUCCGCAACGCCUACAUAAAGCUCUUUCACUACUGCUGUUGCAAGACCACGGUGAGUUUCUCGAGGAGACCGCGAGGAGACGGAGGACGAGCAUCAGGGGAUGUUCGACUCAGGGUGCACAUCAUCCACUCGUACGCGAGUCCUUCGUCGAGCAGACCCACCAUCGCCAGGCCCAACGGUCGAGACGUCUACGAGCUCUAAGGUCCACCCUGGAAGGGCCUCACGGGGUCCUGUAAAAAGCGUUCCUCUUCUUGGGGUACCUAUCUUGGUCGGGGACCCUCGAUCGAGGUCGAUCGUUGGACGCCCUUGAUGUGGGGACUCCUCUUUGUGGUCGCCCGUUUGAGAUCGUCUUCUGGGAGUUGCUGGGCAGCUGGGAUAUCGACCGGAAUGAUGAGCCCAGGGUUGCAACGGAAGGUUUAAGUCAAACGGAUGAGACAUCUUCUUCGGGCACCUGCUCGAGUGUUCUCUCAAGUAUAGAUGAUAAGGAUUUCCAGGCGGAACGGUUAGCGAUAUAAGAUUUGAGAAGGCAAGUUGAAAGCAGGAAGGAGCGUAGGAUAGAGGGGGUUUCUAUUUUCAAGAUUCGUUUUCGAGGUCGGCUCUUUGGAGCUCCGGUAGGUCUUUCUGGGUUCAGAGGUGGGCGUGGAAAAUUGCUCGGCUGAGUUUCACGCCAAGUCCGAUGCUUGUAUGUCCGCUGGUCGGUGAAACGGCCGGGUAGGUCGAGAAAUAUCGAAAAGGAGAGUAUCGGCGAUUCAAGUAUAUAUCCAACCGCCGAGUUCAGAUUUAGGUCGGGAUUUAAUGCGGAGUUCCGCGCCAAGUGCACACUUCGCGUACGACUCGGAGUUACCAAGUGGCGUUAACCUCGCACUUGUCGGCAUAGGUAAUGGCACGAACUAGUGCGUAGUAAAUUGCACAAAUAGUCUAGGGGAAUUCCUCGGAUCCGGUUGGUCAUCUGGGGACCAACCACUGCUAGGCCCAGCAACGAUGUCCAAAUUCGUCGCGUUGAAUAAUUUUUUUUACAUGAAACUGACAAUUCCAUAGUGCAUGAUUUUACUGAUUGAUUUCUAGUCUUCCCGGUUUAUCUGACAAGUCCAACGCGUUGAAGCGACCGCGGUAGCGAAAGUCUCAAGAAGUCUGUUGAAAGUGUCUCGUCGCCCAAAAAUUCCUCCCAAUCGAGCCCGCGAUUUCAUCCAAAUCCUGACAAGAGGGAAACAAAGAGCGAGGGGGUGAGGGUAAAAAAGCGAGAUAGCCAAAGUUAGCCGACGUCUCGCGAAAAUGGCGCAGCUUCCGCAAAAGUCUCGAGGGAAAGGAGCCACCCUCGCGGAAACUUCUCUAGUUACUUUUUCGCGAAGUUCCUGGAGAAAAAAAAAAAGUAUCCCUCUCCCUCCUCGAAUUGGCCAGGUGACCCCGCGAGCUGCACCUCCGUGAAAUUAGCCACCCCGUCGAUUUCGCUCCCUCCGAUCCCAGGUCGUCGUCCUCAAGUUAAAAAAUUUAUUUCUCUUAAAUUCCCCAUCAAUGAAAAAUUUAAUUUCCACUAAUCGCGCAUAUAUAUACCAUUUUCCGAAAAUUCGUACCUGUGAAAUUUCUGUCGAGCUUUACCCGAGGAAAAAAGAAACCCUCUCAAAGUUUCCACCCUCGACGGUUACGACCCGUUCUCUCCAGAUUCUCCUUUCGGUGUUUCUUCCAGAAGACGACGCCGAGUGGAGUGGAAUCGGUUGUUCGUCGUCUUCUGAAGAAAUAUUCACCCCGCGAUGGAAAUUCUUCCAGACGGCGUUACGAGAGGCCGCGAAAUUGACUUGUAACGUUUAUCAAGGCGGACGCGAUUCCGAUUCCUUGUCGAUUAUCUUUUCACGGCUCGAUCUAGACGGGUUACCUCGACUUCCUUUUACGCUUUCAAUCCUUACAUAGAGUUUGACGGGGGUGGAAAGUAAUUUCCACCAGGCGCGACGAGGGGUUUCAUCUCGGGGCCGACGUUUGACGGCGUUCCCGUCGAGCCGGGGCGAUGUAUCGGAAAAUAUUACUGCAAACAUUGCGUUACAUCCCCGUCCCCUCCACCCAGUUAAAUUUACAUCCCCGGUCUUGCAGCUGCACCCAAUCAGUCUGAUACUUUUUUUUAAUUCCGUCCGCCAGUACAUUCGACCCUUCCGAAAAAUCGUGAGAAAAUAUUCGAUCUAAAUUUUCACCCUCAAAUUUAUGAUCGUAAUUAGAAUUACAACCCCGGUGCUGCGUAACGCGUAAUUUCUCCACCUGAAUUUCACGGCCCAUCAACGUCCAGCCACGCGUAGAAGAAGAGAAAUGCUCCAUUGACGGUGAAUAAAAAUAAAAAAAAGCGAGAGAGAAAUGAAUAAAACGCGGCGCCAUGAAAAAGUGCAGUUGCGAGGCCGGGCUCGUUUUAAAUAAAUAAUUCCACCCUCGGUGGCCACUCGUAAAUCCAAAGCAAACUCGCGGCUGGGGCAGACGCUAUCAAUUAUGCGAAACGGAUUUAUUGUUCGAGAAGGGGUGAGGGAUAGCAAAAGAAAAGAACGAUUCCGGGCACUUAGCUCGGUAAUCUUCGGCGCAGCUCUCCGGAAGGAUGGGGUUAAUUUCGGGACCCGGUGGAGCUUUAACCCUACCCGGAAGGACGCGAUUCAUUCCCACCAGGGAAUUUUACCUCCGGUUGCCCCCGCACUCCAGAAUGCACCUUCCACAAGGCGACGGGAUUUAAUCCCUCCGAGUCCCUCCCGAAUUUCGUUCUUAAUCAUUCAUCGGCGAUAAGUGUCGGCUUGCGUCUUGCUUUCCGGUGCCCCUCGGAUUUUUACUUACUUUUUCCCGCCUCCUCGAAAAAUUUGUAUACCAAAUAUUCUUGCGGGAAAAAGCAUCUUCCACGUUGACCCUCGAUUAAGUAUUCCUUGUUCGGGUACAUCCCGAUAUUCGGGAAUUCUGCCAUUGUCAAUGGUAAUAACUCCCAGUUUUCGUAAUGACAUCGCAGCUGGGCUUGGCAGUAAGCUCGUGUUCUCCUCGAGCUUAUUCCGAGGAUUAUCGCAAUUCCGACGUAAUUGUUAAUUCAUCCGCGAAUAUCGUGGAUAGGUACAUAUCCGAGUCCCCGUAAGUGGUUGACCGAUUGCGAGUCAAGCACAGACUGAGGAUCAGAUGGCCUUUCUUGAUUAAAAACGAAUUUUAUCUUCCGACUGGUGGGCACAAUUCACGACCGGGAAUUUGGCCGAAAAAAUCGUCUUUCGCAGUUUAACAGAAUUUUCUUUGUUAAUCAAUCAUUUUUUAAAGGAGUCCACCGGCGAGACCAUAUACAUAUAUAUAUAUAUUUUUAUUGAUAAUUAACACCCAUUUGUUAAAGGAUGAACACCAGGAUCGCAUCUAGGAGUCUCGCUCGGGAUGAAACGUCCAGAAUCGAAAAUCUUUUUCUAAGUUCCCGGAUAGCUUAGAUUUUCUCAAGUUUCAUUCUACUCGUUUUUUCGAAGGAUUUCUGAAAUUAGCUCGUCGUAGUUUACUUGGAUUCUAGGUGGUGACAGAGACGAGAAAAGACUGGUGAAAAUUCAUAUCUAUUUUCGGUUUCUCGGGAUAAUUCAUGCCUAUUGUUCAUUAAAGGAUUAACACCAGAUUCUUGCCUACGAAACGUCCGAAAAUACUUCCGAAUUUCUUUUCUUUUUGUAAGCCGCUUUAAUUCAAGAGUUUCAGCCUUCG